AUGAAUUUUAUUAGUUCAUCUAGUGUUGUCUCUUUCAAGUUCAUUUUCGAUUGUACUCUGCUUUCUGUACCUACUUCAUUAGCUGCUUCAUAUGACACAUGGUAUAGAAGAGGUAAAAGAGCUCCUCAACAAGCAGAUUCAUUGUCUACCGUAACAAGAGAAAGAAUUUCAUACUAUGAAUUGCUCCAAGCAACUGAUGCACUUAGCGAGAGUAAUUUGAUUGGUUCUGGGAGUUUUGGCUCUGUUUACAAAGGCGUUCUCAAAAGUGGAACUGCUAUUGCAGUUAAAGUGUUUAAUCUACAACUGGAUGCGGCAUUCAAGAGUUUUGAUACGGAAUGUGAAGUUUUGCGUAGCCUUCUCCAUAGGAAUCUAGUAAAAGUCAUUACUAGUUGUUCCAACCUUGAUUUUAAAGCUUUAGUUCUCGAGUAUAUGCCUAAUGGAAGUCUUGAGAAGUAUUUGUAUUCGCACAACUACUUCCUAGACAUCAGGGAGAGGCUAAGCAUAAUGAAAGAUGUGGCAUGUGCAUUGGAAUAUCUUCACCAUGGGUGCUCGUUCCCUGUGAUCCACUGUGAUCUAAAGCCUAGUAAUGUAUUGCUGGACGAGCAUAUGGUUGCCCACCUAAGCGACUUUGGCAUUUCAAAACUUCUUGGUGAAGAUGAGAGUGAUUUAUACACAAAAACAUUAGCAACAUUGGAGUAUGGACAAGAUGGAUUGGUGUCUGCUAAAUGUGACGUGUAUAGUUAUGGAAUCAUGUUGCUGGAAACGUUUACUAGGAGAAAGCCUAGUGAGUUUGAGGGAGAUCUUAGCUUGAAGCACUGGGUGAGUUAUUCACUUCCUGAUGCAGUAAUGGAUGUUGCGGAUUCCAACUUGGUUCCACUGAUGGAUAAUCACUUGAAGAAGAAGUUAGAUUGUAGCAUCAAUCAUGAAAGUGGCACUAGAUUGUUGUGUUGA